UGGUCUCUAGUUAAGCGACCGAGCACCUUUUUCAAACUUAGCGCCAAGUCCCACCCUGCGACGGCGUUAAUUGGAUUAGACCAGGUCUGCGGCCAGCCAACUCUAGUUGGAUUUCGUCAUCGCACAGAACAGAACACAACAUGGGAAUGCACUUUCAAAAGAUCCUGGUCGUGGGAGCGAUUGUGAUUGGAUUCCUGUCAACGCUUGUCCUCCUGGUGGGAACCCUGCUCAAGGACUCGAUACCUAAUGUGUUGACGCCGCAGGAGCGCCAGUAUGCCUUCGACUACGUGAUUGUUGGAGCUGGCACGGGGGGGAGUACACUUACCUCUCUUCUGGCCAAGCACAGCAACGGCACUGUGCUGCUCAUCGAGGCCGGUGGCCAGUUCGGCCUGCUCAGCCGGAUUCCCCUGCUGACCACCUUUCAGCAGAAGGGUAUCAACGAUUGGUCCUUCUUGUCGGUCCCGCAGCAUUACUCCUCCAGAGGUCUCAUUGACCGGCGCCAGUGCCUUCCCAGGGGCAAAGGUCUGGGUGGUUCCGCCAACCUCAACUACAUGCUGCACUUCGAAGGCUACGGGGCGGACUUUGAUUCCUGGCGUGAUCUGCACAACCUGAGUGAUUGGAGCUGGGCGCACAUGCGAUCUUUCAUGGCAGCCGCUAAGCCCAAGCCGGCGGAAAUGUUCGAAGUCCCUCGUGGCUAUUCCAAGCUAAGUGAAGCCCUGGACGAAGCGCAGGCUGAGUUUGCGCACAAGGAUUGGGUUUUUCGGCGUUCCAGAUAUAAUAUUAAGAAUGGCCUGCGCCACUCGGUGUUGCAGCAGUUCUUGAACCCAGUGCUUCAUAGCUCCAAUCUUCGCCUGCUUCCCGAGGCAUUGGUGAAGCGGAUACAGCUGUCGCCCGACCGGCUGCCCCGUGCCACCUCCAUUCUGGUUGGGACUAAGGAUGAGGACAACAAGGAGCAGGAGUUUAGUGUCGAGGUGAGGAAGGAGUUGAUCCUCUGCGCUGGAGCCUAUCAAACUCCGCAGCUCCUCUUGGCCUCUGGAAUCGGUGAGAGGAGCAUCUUGGACAAGCUGGGCAUUCCCCUGCAGCACCACUUACCUUCUGUGGGUCAGAACCUGCACGACCACUUCAACCUUCCCCUCUUCGUUUCGAUGGGAGCCACAGGAGCCACGAUUAAUCAGAGAACACUCCUAAACCCCAUGACCUUAAUCAACUUCCUCAGCUCUGGGACCGGACCUCUGGGCAAUUUUGGAGUACUGGGCAACGUGGCCAGCCAUGGCGGAUCCUCACCCUUCGGCAUCACCUUCUUUGGAGCCGGCGCUAUCGACGAGGCCUCCCUUAUGUCCAUAUCCAACUUCAAGGGCGCCGCAUUUCGAGCGCUCUUUCCGCGCUACUACAACGCCUCCCAGGAGGGAUUCGUCGUGAUCUCUAGCUGCCUGCAGCCCAGAUCUCGAGGCUCCGUCGGCCUCCUUAACCGGCACAUGCGACGGAAUCCCCUGAUCGAUCCCAACUACCUCAGCCGGGAGGAGGAUGUGGCCUGCACCAUUGCGGCCAUUAGGAGUGCCGUGAAGCUGGUCACCUCUGCAGCCUUUGCUUCACUGCAUCCCCGAAUCCACUGGCCAAAGCUGCAAGAGUGCUCCAACUUCGGUCCCUUUGAGAGGGACUUUUCCGAGCAACUGCCCUCGGAUCACUACUUGGAGUGCCUGCUGCGCCACAUUGGCCUCGGUUCUCAUCAUCCGGGCGGCACCUGUGCCCUGGGCAGCGUCGUGGACACCCAGCUGAGAUUACAGGGGGUGUCCAAUGUUCGGAUAGUGGAUGCCAGCGUGCUACCCCGGCCCGUCUCGGGGAAUCCCAACUCGGUGGUCGUCGCCAUCGCAUUGAGAGCAGCCUCCUGGAUACUCAAGAGCGAACUGCAGGCCGGCCCCGCAUCUGAUUUAAAAUGAUUUCUCUGUGAGAUUGCUAUAAAACCGUUUAGCUUUCGGGUAAUCACACUGAACAAAAUUAAUAGCAGGAAAAGUAAUUUAAUUAUAGAGAAUUUAGUUUGUUAAAAGAGAUCCAGGACAAAUAAUGAUUAUUGGAAAAUUUUAUAAAUAAACAGAUAAAUUAUCCACUUGGAAUCUGCUUCAAAUAAAAGGAUAAUAUUAAUAUCCUCUGAAUCUUUGUGGGAUAAUCUAUCAAUUUGCAGUAGGAUUUUUAUAUUUAGAAUGAAUUUUAUGAUUUAAUUUAUGAUUGAAGUUGUGUAAUAUUAUAAAAAUAUAAUUUAUAUUUUGAAUCGAAAUAAACAAUCAUUUGUUUUAAGAACAAAA